UCCCCCCAGCCCCGUUCCCCGCUGACGCCCGGCUCUCCCCGCAGCCAUGCCCUGCAUCCAGGCGCAAUAUGGCGCAGCCACCACCGGCCCCUGCGAUCGCUGCCCGUCCGAACUGCUGAGUCCGGAGGGCGGCCGCUACCCCAUGGAAGUGCCCGGCGCCGACCCCACCGCCGCUCCGGCUCUGCCCAGCUUCAGCACCUUUAUGGAGAGCUACGCCGGGGAGUUGGACGCCUUUCUGUGCCAGCUGCCGGCCGGCGGGCAGCACUUCAGGCUGGAGGAGCUGCAGGUGUACGGCUGCUACCCCGCGGCCUUCGGGCAGCACGAGGAGACCCUCUCGUCCUCCUCCUCGUCCUCCUCGUCCUCCUCCAGCGGGUCGGACUGUUACGGCAGCCCCUGCUCCGUCCCGUCUCCGAACUUCCCCGCUCCCCAGGCUCCGGGCUGGGACGGCUCCUUCGGGCCCUAUUCUCCCGGUUACGACGGGGGGCGGCAGUGGGGCGAGGCGGUGAAGGGCGGCGGUGCUCAGCCCCAAUUCUUCUUCGCGCCCCCCAACCCCGUCGGCUCCCCGAAGGACCCCCGCCUGAUGGACGCGGAUCCCUUCGCUCUGCCCCACGGAGCGGCUGGGGCUUUCCCUGGGUUACCCCUCACCCCAACGUCGCCGUUGCUGGAGGGACCCCCGCUGCCCCCCGCCCCCAAAACCCGCGGCCCCGGAGCGGCUGAGGGGCGCUGCGCCGUCUGUGGGGACAACGCGUCGUGUCAGCACUACGGAGUGCGAACCUGCGAGGGCUGCAAAGGCUUCUUCAAGCGCACGGUGCAGAAGAACGCCAAGUACAUCUGCCUGGCCAACAAGGACUGCCCCGUGGACAAGAGGCGCAGGAACCGCUGCCAGUUCUGCCGCUUCCAGAAGUGCCUGGCCGUGGGCAUGGUCAAAGAAGUGGUUCGGACCGACAGCCUGAAGGGCCGCCGCGGCCGCCUGCCCUCCAAACCCAAGCAGCCGCCGGACGCGUCGCCCGUCAGCCUCAUCACCUCGCUGGUGCGGGCGCACAUCGACUCCGUCCCCAGCGCCACCAAGUUGGAUUACUCCAAGGUGGGAGCCGCGCCACGGCCCCGGUGCGAGCCCAGCCCCGUCCCGUCGCACCGCCUGAUCCCAACCCCAACCCCAUCCGUUGUACGAUCCCCAUCCCCAUCCACUGCCCAGUCCCAACCCCAUUCCCAUCCCACUGCCCAACCCCAACUCCAUCCUAUCCCACCACCUGAUCCCAACCCCAUUCCCAUCCCGCUGCCCAACCCCAUCCCAUCCCAUCACCUGAUCCCAAUCCCAUCCUCACUCCCAUUCCAUUGA